GCCGAUGCUUUUUUAUCCAGCUAAAUAAACACGAUUUGCCCGACCAUGUCGGCACCAUCAUAAAGAUAACAAUGAUGUGGGCAAACCCUCCUCGUAGACACGACUUAUGGCCAGAAAAAGAUCUCAGAGAGGCAAACAUGCCAGAUUCCCCAACUGAUACUGCAGCCCAUCCACAAAAUGGUCCAACAGUUUCUUCACCAAACUCCAAUUCAUCAGCCCCAAUAGUUGCAGAUGUGAGAUCAUUGUCUAAUACAACACCACCAGUGGUAAAUGGUGUGCAUAAUAGCCCCACAGGGCCAAUAUCACCAACUGGCAUUGGUAAUUCUGUCAAUCAACUACCACCAGCAUGUGGUGCAAGGCAGUUAAGCAAAUUAAAACGCUUCCUUACAACCCUGAUGCAGUUUGGUUCUGAUAUAUCACCAGAGAUUGGUGAGCGGGUGAGAGGACUGGUGAUGAAUCUAGUGAACUCUACCAUAUCCAUAGAGGAGUUUCACACACAGCUUCAAGAAGCAACUAAUUUCCCAUUACGACCAUUUGUGAUACCCUUUCUCAAGGCUAAUCUUCCACUCCUCCAACGUGAGUUGUUGCAAUGCGCACAAAUGGCCAAGCAAACACCCCAGCAAUAUUUACAUCAACAUGAACAGAUAUUACAUGAACGUGAUGGAGCCCCUUUAGAUAAUGAUGAACUAGCCCCAUUAGAAGUAACUGAAAGUAACAAACGAAAAGCUCCUGGUGAUGGAAUAAGAUCACAAGAUCUGCAUAAUCGACCAAAAGAAAAUGGAGUUCCUGAGUUAUCAAUGAUGAUGUCUGACAUUGGGAAACCAUCUCCUAAACGACCUUGUCUUAGUAACAAUACAAAUCUUCAUAAACCUGGUCAGCUACGAAUGGAAGACCUUACAAUGCCUUUAGCUGGGAGCUCAAGAGAAGGAGAACCUUCAUUAUCAGAAAGUGUCAGUAUGUUGGAUGGUAAACACGAUGCCAUGAUGGAUGACUGGAGACAUGUUGACACAAUGCUGCAAUGCAUCAUUGGUAUGGUGGAUAAAACAAAACGAGCAGUUUCGGUGUUACAACAAAGAUGUCAGCAAGAUCGAGAAGAGCUGCUGACUUGGGCUCGAAAAACUGCUGAAGAGACUGAAAUGGAAGUUAAACGUAGAACAGGUGAAUUAAUGGCUAAAACUAUCAAGCAAACGGAAGAACGAGUUUCUGAAGUAAAACGAAGGGCAGAAGAAGCUGUGAGUGAUGUGAAACGACAAGCUGUCAUUGAGCUGCAAAARGCUGUACGAGCUGCUGAAGAGAAGGCCAAUGAAGCUGUAGCUGGAGCCCAUGUGAAGAUGGAGAAGGCAGUGUUAGAAGCWCGACGAGCUGCAACAGAAGAAACCAUGGCAAAUAAUAAUGUACAGACUGAUUCAAAUGAGAGCUGUUGGAAUUGUGGACGAAAGGCUACAGAAACUUGUAGUGGCUGUAAUGUGGCUCGUUAUUGUGGUUCAUUUUGUCAACAUAAAGACUGGGAAAAUCACCAUCAUGUUUGUGGCCAACAGGCUGCUGCUAACGCCAACAAUGAAACUAACUCAACAACAGCACAUUCAAUUUCUAGCUCACCUAAAGAUAACAGCCGAUCAAACAGCCCUGUAACAUCACGACUAUCAACUCCUCCUACUUCAUCAGAUCCAAUUACGUCACUAAGUGAUUAUGUCAUGAAAACGCCGUCAACUUGAAAUAUAACAUUAUUGGUAAAUGUAAUGGAGCUAGGAUUAUUGGUAAUCACUGUGCAAUGGACAGUUCAUGCUUGUACAGUUGAGAUGCUAUCCUAUGUAAUGGUUUUAUUCUAAUAUUAGUAUGUACAUUACUUGUUUGAGGGGUCUAUGUGUUGUAAUCAUGGGACAGCCUACCUGCCUCCUCAUUGUUGUGCAAUUUAUUGUUGCUUGUGCUAUAGGUACUAAUGUAAUAAUCCAAUCUGUAAAUAUCAAAUAAAAUCCAAGGACUCUU